AUGGCUGUCAGGGGAGCAAAUUUGCUUGCCAUCUAUAAAGAACAGAAAGAGACAAAGAUGUUGAAUAGAGAGAGGAUGAGAGAGAGAAAAAAAAGAAAAUAUAUUAUCUUUAUUUUCAAUUUCUAUUUUUUUCACAUUUUCAUAUAUCCCACAUUUUUUCCUGCUUUUCUUCUUCAUCCAUUGUUUUUACUUAACUCCUUAUUCUUUUCCUUUUUUCUUUCUUUGUUUUCCUCUUCUUUUUCUGUCUUCUUUCUUUGUUUUCCUCUUCUUUUUCUAUACGUUCUUUCUUUGUCUUCCUCUUCUUUUUCUGUCUUUCUUUGUUUUUCUUCCUCUUCUUUUCCUGCCUUCUUUCUUUGUUUUCCUCUUCUUUUUUUAUACGUUCUUUCUGUCUCCAUCACACCACUUCCCAGUCUUCAGAUUGCUCCUUUCUUCAACAUCUCUGACUGCAUCUUCCUCUCUCAACAUGCCCUUCUCUCUUUCACACUCUUCUUUCUCUGCAUCUUCUUUCUCCCAUAUCUCUCAAUAUUUUCCAUACUCCCUCACAAUCUCUCAAAACUCUCUUUUACUCUCUUCCUUCCUCUCUUUUCUCUCAGCAUCUUUCUCCCACAUCUCUCACUGAAUUUUUUUUAUAGUUGCUCCCUCAAUCUCUCAGCAUGCCCUUCUCUCUUUCACUCUCUUCUUUCCUCUCUCAUUCUCUAUCCUCUUCCAAACCCUACCCUUUUUGUCACUUUUUUCUACCCAGUUUCUCUUCUCAAAUUUUCAUCUUUGUUCUUCUUCUUAUUUAAUUCAAUGAUCUCUCUCUUUGUCUCUCUCUUUCUCUCUUUCUCUCUCUCUCUCUCUGUCUCUCAUAUUCAACUUUUUAUCAUUCGCUUACUCUUUUCUUUUUUCUCUGAUCUCAUUAUCCCUGCAUUUCUGCUGGACUAUGGCCAACAUGCCAUGAGUCGCCUACCAGACCCUUCCUCCUUUUUCAUUCUCUUCUUUCCUCUAUUUUCGUUUAGCACCUUUCUUCAACAUCUCUUAUUGCAUCUUCCUCUCUCAGCAUACUCUUCCUUCUUUCACUCUCUUCUUUCUCUGUAUCUUUCAUAUCUCUCACUUAAUAUUCUUCAUACUCCCUCACAAUCUCUCAAAACUCUCUUUUACUCUCUUCUUUCCUCUUCUUGA